UUUGGCCACACUCCCAUGCUUGGGGAACAGGGCUCAACCGGAGGUGGUAGGAGAAGCGGGACUGGAGUGUUUAGUGCUGUCGUCACUGCGCCUGAUCGUUUGACCCUGGGAGAAAGUUCUGCCACAGGGGGAAAUAUGUGGCGGAAACCGAGGGGCUGGAACAGAGAGAAUAGGCGAGGGAUACCGCGAGCGUGAGAACUGCGGCUCAGGCUUUGACCAUUCAGCUACUGGACGACAUUGUGGCUGAGAGACUGGAGGCUCAGGAGGCCAGAGGAAGAUGCUGAACCCAUGGGGGCUGUUCCUCUGCCAGCUGGCAAUAAACACGUCUUACCAUGUCAUAAAAGCCAGCCUCUGCCUGGGAGGGUCAGACAUCUUUGCGACGGUGAGCGAGAACCGCCCCGUAGGAGAGUUCAUUGCGAACCUCAGCAUCGCCGGGGACCCUACAGGAGUCAAUAGCAUCCGCUUGUGCCUCACCGGAGAGAACGCCAAUUGGUUCUACCUAGAAGGGAGAACCAUCAGGCUAAACUCAUCCAUUAUAAGAGUCCUGGAUCGAGAGCGCCAGGGAUCUGUUUUGAUGGCAGCAUUAACAUGUUAUGAAGAUGACAUAAUACAGAGUGAAUACAGGGUCAUGGUUGAGAUCCUGAACGAAAACGAUAACAAACCAAGGUUCCUUGAGAAGACUAUACAACCGCGUUACAUAAGUGAGCUCACUGCAGUCAACUCUGUAGUCUUCACCGUCAAGGCCAUCGAUGCUGAUGGAGACACCGUCACCUACAUCAUCGACAGAGCCUCGCCUGAUGCCAGCUACUUCAGGAUAGACCUGCCCAACAGUGGUAAAGUAAUCCUGGACAAGCCAUUGGACUAUGAGACCAAAACCCAGCUGCAGCUAGUCAUCUACGCUGUGGAAACGAACACCAAGGAGUGGUACAACACUUCCGCCUCUCUGACUGUGAACGUGGAGGACAGGGACGACCAUUACCCUCAGUUCCUACCGUGCACACCCAUCUCCCAGGACCACAACCACACGGUUGUCUGCACCAACCCCAUCUACGUGGUCAACAUCACAGAAAAGGACCAGGACAUAUUACUGAAUUUCUCUCCUGGUCCAAUUCAUGCCGAAGAUGGAGACAGAAGCCUUGAUACGCCUUUGCUCUACUCCAUUCUCUCAGGUGCAGACAAAAACAGGUUUCAGAUUGACAACCAAACAGCAGAGAUCACAUUGACAAGACGGGUGGAAAACAGACAUCUGACACCUAUACUCCGACUACGCAUCAUGGCAUCUCAGCUGAAUGACCCAAAGAAGUACAGUGUGGCGACAGCGCUGGUCCGGGUGCUAGCAGAGAACCGGUUCCCUCCCCUCUUUAACAGAACCACGUACAAGGGCUUCAUCAUCGAGAGCUCCAGCCCUGCCACGCUAGUCUCCACCUAUGGGAACGAGGUGCUUCUCAUCCAAGCCGUAGACCAGGACUUUGUAGAUGGGGUGAAUCCAAAAAUGCAUUAUUCUCUCCAGCCCACACUAGCCACCACUGGACUGUACCACAUCACCGAGGAAGGGGUUAUCAUCGCUAAGACUGACCGCCUACGAGCCUUUGACAGGCACAUCCUAGAGGUGGUCGCUAUGGAUGAGGAAUCAGGUGAGGUUGCGAAAGCCUCAGUCGACAUAGAGCUGCUACAAAGAAGCCAGCCAAUUCCAUGGACACCUUUCAGAGACAUGGAUGUGAGGAUAGCUGGCGGUAUCAUGGGUGGGAUGCUGCUGCUGUUAGUGACCACGCUCUUCCUGCUGAUCCGAUGGGCCAAGAGGAGGAGGAGGAGACAGAGACAAAACCCAGCCGGACGAGGGGCUGUCGCCCUGGGGAAACACCUCAAAGUGGUAAACUCGGGCCGGCCCAUGAUCCCCCUGGCCGAGGAGGUCUCCUACCAGAACGAAGGGUUCAGCAUAGACUAUGAGGCCUCGGGAGGUUCCGGAAGCCUCCUUGGGAGACAUGGGGUCUACACCAGGAAACAGUCGCUGAUCCCGCCACCGCCACGCUGCCACAGCAGCCAUCCAGACUGCGGCUCCAGUAUCGUAACAGGCGACAUGCUGCCUAUACUGGUGAUGCCAGAGCCCCUGGUUAAAGACCUCACUCCCUCCCUCGUCUCCAAUGGCAGGAAAGGUGACAGCACCAUCAGCACAGGGGCUGUGACAAAAGACGAGAAGGAGAGGAAUAAGCAGAGGGAUAUGGAGAAAGAGGAGGAGAUGGAAUGGGAGAAGCAGUGGGAACGCGCUGUUGGCACAAAAGAGAAGAGAAAUUCUGAGGGGGAAAGGAUGGAUAAGUCAAGAGAUGUUUUGGGCGCUUCUAGUGAGACCGCAGAUGUAAGCGAGGCCUCUGAGGACCAAACAAACCCAGAAAAGCCGCAGAGCCACAGCAUGAAAACACACCAAAUCAGAGAACCCAAAGACGGGCACAAAAGCACUUCUGAAGAGUCGUCUGAGGCAGAAAAAUCAAUAUUAGACAAUGCACUCUGAUCGGUCUUUCAGACGAUUAUGACACAGCCUCGGAGGACGACCAGGUCCCGUUACUCCAGUAGCAGGACGUCGAGGGGGGAAAUGCAGCGCAAGGGCUCAGCGAAACAAACCAGUGAUCAAGCAAACAGAUGACCAAGUAACCCACAUAUGCACCAUUCACACUCACACUCUGGGCUUCAGACUCACAUUGAAGAUACAAAAUAACUAACAAUUUAUUUAUUUAAAAAUAAAACUGACAUUAUGGAGCCAAACGAACUCUGUACACAGACAAAAAUGUAUAUGAAUUGUUUUUUCUCUCUCCAAUUCCAUAUGAUUAUGUUGGGCCUAAAUGAGCUCAACGGCUGUUCAGGUCUUGAUUGAGUAAAUGGACGUAUGUAAAUCUGAGAACAAAAACAUGUGUUUUCUGAAUAACUGUGUGGGACCAGCCUUAAUGCGAACAAAGCCGUUCUGUAUUGCUUUAAUUUGCAGUGUUGAAGGACUAGUAUUUCAGGAUUUAAAGUCCAAAUGUAAGCGCAUGCAAUGUAACUACAGUGUUGGGGAAGCAACUCUGAAAAUAUAGUUUACCCAAGCUAUCAAUUACUUCACACUGAGUUAAGCUACACUAAAAGUUAAGCUACACUAAAAAAGUUACACCGAAGAAAAAUAUAGUUACUUAGCUAAAGUCAACUACUUAGUUAAAAAUGAUCAUAUCUAAAUCUGAAAUGUCAUAGACUACAUAUUGCAAGAGCAGAUCACUCUGGAGACAGACGUUAAACAAUGUGUAGUGAGAAUUAGGCACACAAAAUGUGUUUAGAGUGAGAAUUAGGCAGGUCUGAUGCCAAAAAAGAAAGAAUUCUGACCUCCAUGUAUAUUUUCUUUUCUUAUUGCAACAAUGUAGUGUGUAGUUCCAGUAGUUAGCUACAUGGCAAAAAAAGGUAAUUAACUACUGAAAACACUACCAAGAUUAGAAUUUUGUUCAACUACCACCAAGGUACUGCAACAUCUAAUUAAAUGACUAGUUAAACUACAUAUAGUUCACUAUUCCCCAACACUGUAACUAUAGUGUACAGUGAUUAUGUGGCGUCACUAGUGUUUGCUAUAGAGUGUAAACUGAAGUUUCAUACUUUUAGAGGGACACACAAGACAGUGUUGUUUCUAAAACAAUGGUUCAAGCCCACUUGAAUGAUGUGUAAACACAUUUUGUGAUUUCAGUAACCGUUUCAAAAUGAUGUUGUUUUCUUAUGAAUAAUCGGAAAGAAUGGAUGUAUUCUAUGUGCAGCUAUGAUACAAUGAUAUUGGGUGUCUAUAUAAUUAUGACAUUUGUAUUAAUGUAUAAUUGUAGCUAAUAAUCACUCGCUAAAAACUACAACCCUCAUCCUAAACAUAAAAGCGUACUUUCAAUCACUGAGAAGUGUUAGGUUAUAUUAGCUUUCUGGCUUGUAAUUGCCCUUGGGCUACCUGAAUCACAUGUCCUGUCUGCCAAGAGGCUCAGCAGCAGCCAUGUUGACAUCCACGAGCCUGAAAGAUUGGACGAGCAGCGCUACGUGCAGAAAGACUUCCCUAACAAUAGCCAAUAGGGGGUGGAGAAUGUCCCUGACAGCCCAUGAGACGUUGACGAGACACCUGGCCAUGGGCUGGAGGGCGUGGCUAAACCGUGCCCCGAACAGAGGUGUGAUGAUCCCCUGUUCCCCUAGCACUACGACUUGUCCCACUAUCAACAGGUGAGACAGGUGAGAGACAGGUGAACUAAAUGCAACCAGAAUAUAGGUAAUGUAGACUUAAUAUAAUAUAUUUUUAAAUAACUGAAUUCUAGUUAUUAAUCUGAAUAUACCCAUGCACAUCAUUAUCCCUUGGUGUAACGGCUGUCCUCCGAAGAGGAGGAGUAGGGAUUGGACCAAAGUGCAGCGUGAUACUUUGACAUAACAAAGUUUAUUAAAGUAAAGACGAAAACCGAAAACACUUCAACAAACUACAAAAUAACAAAACGACGUAGACAGACCUGAACAUGGAACUUACAUAAAUACACGAAGAACUCACGAACAGGAACAGACUACAUCAAACGAACAAACAAACCGAAACAGUCCCGUGUGGUGCAACAUACACAGACACGGAAGACAACCACCCACAAACAAACAGUGUGAACAGCCUACCUUUAUAUGGUUCUCAAUCAGAGGAAAUGUCAAACACCUGUCCCUGAUUGAGAACCAUAUAAGGCUAAUUACAAAUGACCUAAACAUAGAAACACAAAACAUAGAAUGCCCACCCCAACUCACGCCCUGACCAACUAAACACAUACAAAAAUAACAGUGAACAGGUCAGGAACGUGACACUUGGAGAGCAACUUUACCUUGAUGACAUACUGUGUGAUGAAGCUGAGCAACUCUAUGAUGAAGGCAGUAGCCAGGCUGAAGUGGAAGCUGAUGGACUGGUAGAUUCCACGUCAACAGCAUAUUCCCCAUGCAGAGACAAAAUAAACUUCAACAAGAAGGUCAAUUUAAAUAUAGAUAAUGAGCAAAGUGUGGCAAGAAAGGUGUGCCACUACCUGUGCAGGGAAUGGUCACAGGCUUCGCCAUCCUCUGGGGUCAUGCUCUCUCUGUGAUGGGGUAACAUAUGCACAGGUCUGUGAUACAAAAAUCUCUAAUACCUUAUUAAUAAUAAAUCAAUAAAUGUAAUACUCAGUGUGCACGACCAAACAAUGCCUGAGUCUACAUGGUUUGCAAGGGGCUGUGAGCUGCUGUGUGCUUGCUUACGCGUCCUCCAUGUGGUUGUUGGCUGUCCUCUCACCUGCUGCCUCUGUCUGUCCCCAGGAAUUGCAUGAGCCCUGUCAUCCUCUCUAGACUCCUUAGAGAGGGGGAACACACAUAUCUUACACCACUCUGGACUGUUUUUGAUUGUGAUUCAUGUUCAGUUAUUAUGUCUGUAUGUCAUGUAUAUACUGUAGUACUCUCUCGUAGAAGCACUGUUGCCUUUAGAGAUGUAUUAUCUAAGGAAGCUGCCUAUAUGUAAUGCCAAAAUAAACUGUACUGGUGCUGCAAAUACUGUGAAUCAUGAGUAGAGUAGGAGUUGGUGCAAUAUAAUGAAAAGGAAGGGAGAUAAUACUGUGCAACUUCAUUCAUUUGAUCCCCAGUGUCCCUUUUAUAGAGGUUUAGGGGUGGAACAGACAUUAGACAUUAGUAUUGUAAGUACUCGCUGCUGUAUUGCCAUCUAGGGUCCUUCAUGGUGUCCAGUUUCAGUAGAAGAUGCUGGAGUUUGUCCUUUUUCAGAGAGAGAUCUA